AUGACUGCUUUCGACGAGGUGCUCGAAGCCCUUCCAAGUAUUCGAAUUCAGGAUCCAGAAUUAUCUGAAAAGGACUACAUUGAGAUUGUUCGUGGACGAGGGAUCUUUUCGUCCAAACGGCUGGCUUGUUCGAUUUCGUUCUUUUCUGAGCAUAACCAAAUCAUGGUAGAGUGCUUUACCGAUCUCGAAAAAGACGCACGUCGACUACUAGAUGAGUUCUAUGGUCGCGAUGGAGCAGCCAAAGUAAGAACUGCUCACCUGAUCGACGACUGGUUCUGUACCGCUUUGGCGUUGUGCAAGGAAGGAUUCACCUUGGCUGACGUACUUUCACAAGCUGGUCUAUCGAAGGAGAUGACCAAAUACGUAGAAGGGAUUCCCGCAUUUGUCGAACAGCUGGCACUCUUUUUUCCUACGGAAGCCAUUUUUGACGUGGCAAUGAUGAUUUCUGAUUAUCCACUCAGGUUAAUUUUCCUUUUGAACGAGAAGGAAAACCUUUCGGAAUUGCUGAAGAACUGUCAGAAAGAAGUUCGUGAUUAUGUGGAUAGAGCUGUGGAAAGUGCGUGCGAGUCACAGAAAGGAAUCAUCGUUGAAGAGCUUGCGAAAUGUGGAUUAUUGAAG